UAUAUGCGGAAAGAGGACCGACCCGCCCUACGUGCAACCAUCCCGAUUCCAGUUCUCGCCGACGGUGAUCUUCUUUUGGUUCGUCUCCGACGAAGAGAAGCUUCAAUAGGAUCUCUUAUAGUAGCUGUGGUAUAUAUGAGAGUCGCUUGGUUAGAGGUUUGCCGGAAUUGAGGAUAUAUUGUGGUCUUUGCAAGCGAGGUCUGGACCGUGUGUCAACAGUCAUGAUGGUUUUCAGGCAGAUGGUCGGACAAUAUCUCUUCAAAGAAUACAACCCUUCACCUAUACAUUUGAGGUUUUACAGUUCAAAGAUAGAUUGGGAUAAACUUCGGCCUAUGAUUCUUAAAAGGAUAAGAAACAGGGCCAAGGGGUAUCCUGUGAGGGGCAUGAUUCCUGUGGUGAACGAUGUUCUUAAAGCCAGAGCUCUUUUGAUCGAAGGUGUUUCUUCUCUUCUCAAAGUUAUUCCAAUCAAAUCAUGCAAGUUUUGUCCUGAGGUGCACAUUGGUGACACUGGACACCAAAUAAAGACUUGUCAUGGUUUCAAACGGAUCAUCAAAAACCAGGUUCACCAAUGGAUCAAUGGCAGCUUGAAUGACAUCCUUGUCCCAGUGGAGUCCUUUCACCUUAGAAGCAUGUCCCAAGAAGUCAUUAAACAUGAGCAAAGAUUUGACUAUGAUCGUGUCCCUGCUGUCCUCGAGCUGUGCUAUCAGGCAGGAGUCGAAAUCCCAGAGGAAUAUCUCUCUAAUUCCAGAUUAGAAAGUACCAAAGGUGAUGAAACUAUUGCCACUCCUCUAUCAUCAGAAGAACUACAUUCUAUGGCACAGAGAACUUUGGAUGCCUGGGAGAGCCUCAGGCUAGGAGUGCAGAAGCUGUUGCUAGUCUAUCCAGCAAAGGUGUGCGAGCAUUGUUCCGAAGUUCAUGUUGGACCAUCUGGGCACAAGGCUCGGCUAUGUGGGAUUUUCAAGUAUGAGAGCUGGCGCGCUGCUCAUAAAUGGAAGAGAGCUGAGGUGGAUGACCUAGUUCCUCCAAAGUUUGUGUGGCAUCGCCGGCCACAUGAUCCUCAAGUUCUCUUGGACAGUGGUCGAGGUUAUUAUGGGCAUGCACCUGCCGUGGUUGAACUGUGCUCGAAAGCUGGUGCUCGGGUGCCUAAAAAGUAUUUCUGUAUGAUGAAAGUAUACGGCUUAACGCAUAGUUGAGUUUGGUGCAUGAUUCUUAUACACUGCAUCAUAAGUUGGUUAACUCAGAGCCAAUGUUCUUGCAGAAUGAAGGCUCAUAAUUUUAUUUUGCUUUCAUAAUUUCGAUAUGGUGAAAUUGCACAAUGCAACCAAAUUUCUCUUCCAGCAAGCUUCGCGAAGGAUCAAUUACACAUGUAUGCGAUCAGCAGUAUCAUAUGAUUUAUUGUUAUUCUUUUUAAAUUUUGAUUGAUAGACAUGUAUGUAUGUAUGUAUUCUUUUUCUCAUACCUGAACAAAGAGUUUGAACUCUACAAAUCUUGAUGUAUGUUCAGGAAUUGGUUCAAAAACAGGGAUCCGGAUGAAUGAGCAAUGUUGCAAUAUAAAUCAUCAUAUUUUGGGUAUU